UUUCAUAGUAAACGAAUGACAAUGCUGGUCCCUUGAUGGAUGGAGAUCAGGGUAGAGAAUAAGGUCAGAGAGCAAUGCGACGUGUUAUGGGGUGGUGGUGUUUAGAUCCACCGCUGUUUGGAUAAUUAAAAUAGCUCCCCACGCAAGCUAAUAAUUGACAGAAUCUCGUUAGACACACUUUACCAGUCAGAUAUUCAUUAGCCGCCGGGGGGGGGGCUAUUACUGUGUCAUGGAUGUACGCAUAAUAAGAGAAAUGGGUGAUGAUGAGUUCUAUGAUUAUAAUUCAACUACUUAGGGACAGACUUAGGACAGACGGUAACAGGCGCCUCUUUUUUAUUUUGUUUUUGUUUUAAAUGUAUAGUACUCAAAGCUGUGCACUCUUUUUUGGACCAGACUAUUAUAUAAAACAUGCGCAAGGAUAAUGUGUUUGUCUUGGGGUAUAAUGUAAAAGUAACAGGAUAAUGGAUAUUACAUAAAUCCAAUGAGAAACGUUGCAAGGGUAGGAUAAAGACAUAGAAACACAGGCCAACACUUCCAGCAGCGUGAAGGGGGGACCCGUCUGAGAAUUUCAAUCGUUCUCACAAAUGACAGCUGUGAAGGCACAAGGGAGUGGUAAACGGUAUCAGUCGUAGGUAAAUAAUGACAUUCCGCCUUAACUGAGAUAAUUACUACGCCUCCUUAAAAAAACAUUGCAGUUCCUGAAAAUGGAACAUUGGAACCAAUCGGCAAAUUGCUAACCUGUUCCAUAUGACCUUGAGCUGAGGGCAGUCUUAAUAGAACUUCAAGCCGAGGCUGUCCGGGACUGGCCAACUCCUACGUCAUCAGAGCCUGAGCUGCCACUCAUCAAACAUGGCAACACCUUCUCCGGUGGCACCAACCACAGGCGAUGAUGAUAGUUUCCCAUUGGGUCUGAAACACUGUCACAUGAUCCACCCACACUCCUCCACAUAGAGAAGUCUCUUCACCGCUCCAGCCCAGGACAAAAUACGACGCUGCCCACAACAGCCAGAACAGGCCGCACUGUUUGAAGAUGCUGUCUCGGUCUAUGGUCUCCAUGUUCAUGUUUGCCUGCGGGGGUGUGAUGGGGUGCUUGCUGUUUUAUUAUGCUGUUGGCAAGGUGAGGCUGCAGAUGGCACAGCCGAUGACGCUGUACUCUUCCGGACACCAGCACGACCUUCAGUAUCACCAGCCAUUGAGAAACACCACUGCAGACCCAUCCCCUGACUCUGGGGUGCGAAUCCUGUGCUGGGUGAUGACCUCGCCGCAGUCCCUCCAAUCCAAGGCGCGGCACAUCAAGACCACCUGGGGGCGCCGCUGCGACGAGCUCCUCUUCAUGAGCUCCGUGUCCGACCCCUCAUUCCCUGCCCUGGGCCUGAACACCUCGGAGGGGCGCAGCCAGCUGUACCGCAAGACCAUGGCUGCCUUCACCCUGCUGCAUGACCGCUACCUGCAGCACGCAGACUGGUUCCUCAAGGCUGACGACGACAGCUACGUGGUGAUGGAGAACCUUCGGCGGCUGCUGUCCAAGCACGACCCCCAGGACCCGGUGUACCUGGGCCGGCGCUUCAGCCCCUAUCUCAAGCAGGGCUACAUGAGCGGAGGGGCGGGCUACGUGCUGAGCAGGGAGGCCCUGCAGCGCUACGUGGGGGGCCUGCGGGACGGCACAUGCACCCACACCUCCUCUGUGGAGGACCUGGCUCUGGGGAGGUGUCUGGAGAAAGUGGGGGUCCCAGCAGGAGAUUCCCGAGACCAGCUGCACAGGGAGAGCUUCCACCCCUUCCCUCCAGACCACCUGCUCAUCCCAGGCUCCCUGCCGGCCAGCCACUGGUACUGGAGCUACAACUACUACAACACUCCCAACGGGCCGAAUUGCUGCUCCGACCUCUCCAUCUCCUUCCACUAUGUGGACCCCGUCUACAUGCACACGCUGGAAUAUUACAUCUACCACCUUCGAGCCGUCGGCUACCAGCACAGAGACAACACUGACUUCUCAGUGCCAGCUCAUUGAUACAGCUUGCAGCCAAGGGGCUUGAACGAGGGCACGAGGAGCUAGUACUACAGUGCACUCCAGUACUUCUCAAAGGACUGUAUCACAGCAAUAUCAUGGUCUGUUAUAUUUUGAUUCAUGCUUUGUAUUGGAGAAAAAGCCUUGUAAAUCUCCACCUUUUAUUGUAAAUGCUGUAAGAUAUUGGCAUGUCUCCCUGUUUUGAAGCCAGUGCAAAGGCACAUUUUCAGACAGCAAUAAAAUAUUUUGAACAAUGCAAA